UUGCCCAUAGCGGCUAUUUGUUGACUUCCGGGAGCGCGGCAGCGGCCAAUGCCAAGAGGGUCGCUAUGGGGGGCCCCCGGGGGUACAGAAGCCCGCACUGUGGCUGAGGCACUGCCUUAAGCUCCCCCGAGCUGCCCCCGCACUCUUCCCAGAACUGACGGAGACUUCCCUUACGGUCCUCGGCAUGGGGGAGCCCGAGAUUCUGGUGCCCGAUUCGGGUGCUGUGUUUACAUUUGGAAAAACUAAAUUUGCUGAAAACAUGCCCAGUAAAUUCUGGUUUAAACAUGACAUACCUACAUAUCUCUCAUGUGGAGAUGAACAUACUGCUAUUGUUACAGGAAAUAAUAAAUUGUACAUGUUUGGCAGUAACAACUGGGGUCAGUUAGGAUUAGGAUCAAAGUCAACCAUCAGCAAGCCAACGUGUGUCAAAGCUCUUAAACCUGAAAAAGUAAAACUUGCUGCCUGUGGAAGGAACCACACCCUAGUUUCAACAGAAGGAGGCAGUGUAUAUGCAGCUGGAGGAAAUAAUGAAGGGCAAUUAGGACUUGGUGACACUGAAGAGAGAAACACCUUUCAUCGAAUUAGCUUUUUUACAUCCCAGCAUAAUAUUAAACAGCUUUCUGCUGGAUCUAACACGUCAGCUGCCCUAACUGAGGAUGGAAUACUUUUUAUGUGGGGUGACAAUUCUGAAGGGCAAAUUGGUUUAAAAAAUAUGAGUAAUGUGUGUGUGCCUCAUCAAGUUACUAUUGGGAAACCGAUCUCCUGGAUCUCUUGUGGAUAUUACCAUUCAGCUUUUGUAACAAUGGAUGGCGAGCUGUACACAUUUGGAGAACCUGAGAAUGGAAAGUUAGGUCUUCCCAGUCAGAUGCUAAUCAAUCACAGAAUACCCCAGCUGGUGGCUAAAAUUCCUGAGAAGGUGAUCCAAGUAGCUUGUGGUGGAGGGCAUACUGUAGUUCUCACAGAGAAAACUGUGUAUACCUUUGGGCUAGGGCAGUUUGGUCAGCUGGGCCUUGGCACAUUUCUUUUUGAAACUUCAGAACCCAAAGUCAUUGCAAAUAUGAAGGACCAGAGAGUAAGUUAUAUUGCCUGUGGAGAAAAUCACACAGCUUUGAUAACAGAUGUAGGCCUUAUGUAUACUUUUGGAGAUGGCCGACAUGGAAAAUUAGGACUUGGACUGGAGAAUUUUACCAAUCAAUUCUUUCCAACUUUGUGCUCUAAUUUUUUGAAAUUUACAGUUCAUUUGGUUGCCUGUGGUGGAUGUCACAUGCUAGUUUUUGCCACUCCACGGCUCAAUAUAUCAGGAGAAGUUGAAUUUGAUGAAAUAAGUGAUUCUUCCUCACCUGCAGCUAAUUCUCUGUCCACCACUGAUCUGACCUCAGGAAAUUUACUGCAUAGAACUUUAUCAGCACGUCUGCGGCGAAGAGAGCGGGAGAAAUCCCCAGAAUCUAUUCACAUGGUUCGAACACUACCUCCAUUAGAGGAGACUGCCUCCGUACCUUAUUUUUCCCCUUCUUCAAUCUCUUUCCCUGUGCCUAUUAAUUACCUCUCAGAGAAAUGCACCUCUGACUUCACGGAGCCACUGGAUCCAGACAUUUUUCAAGAUAACAUGACCAAAGAGAAAGAGACAGAAAAUUCUUCAGCAGCAGAUUCAGAAAGCCUUGAAGAAACUAAUGAUAUCUUAAAUAUGACACAUAUGAUGAACCUGAAUUCUGAUGACAAGUCAUUAACAUUUUCGCCAAUUCAAAAACAAAAGAAUGAGGAAUCUUCAGAAACUGAAACAGAAUCAGAAGACAUUAAUAAGGAUAUUAAUGACAAAUAUCUGACGGAAGAAAAGAAAUCUGUAGGAAGUGAUGAGAGUGUUUCUGCAGAUGACCAUGGUGAAACAGAGAAGUUGAACAGUAUCCAUGACAGCCCAGCUGCAGUUGAUACAGAGGAGAAAAAAGUCAACCUAGAGGAACGGGCCAUUCGUGAAUACAAUGAAAAUCCAAAAGGAUGCGUGUAUGAUCGUGCAAAGAGCAGUUUUUCAGAAGCUUCGGAAGUUAGUGAAUCAACACCAAAUAAGGAUACUAAAAAAACCAAAAAGAUUUUCCUCUUUCAGCGGAUGUCAUUGACAGGUCAGAAAAUUACACAGAAUAAUAGCGAGCCACUCCCAGAGAUAAAACCAAUAGGAGAUCAAAUAACUUUACAAAGCAAUAAGAAAGAUGCAAGCCAGAACCACAUGGGACAAAACCUUCAGGAUACUUCACCAACUAUGGAGGCAAAGUCAAAAUCCUGUACAAUACUAUAAAUAUACAUUUAUGUUUUCAUGAUCACUGAGCACAUUCAUAAUUUAUACUUGAAAAAAUGGUAUGACUUCUGAAGGAAAUUUUCUGAUAAAAGACUUUUAAAAAUAUAAGUUAAUAUGUUUGGACCUGUUUAAAUAGUACGACCAGUUUUGAUAUUUAUUUAUGCUAAUUUUUAACAGCAGUUUCAAAAUAUGUACAUCUCAAACUCUUAAAAAAAGUGUUGUGGCCUUAACUGUUCAGUGUUUCAUAAAACAAUAUAUUUUUAUAUGUGAAAACUGAAUUGAGAUUUCAUAAUUUUUACUAAACAGGUUUACAUCUUUAUAAUUUCAUAAGACAAAUGUUUGCAAUCUUAUGACACUAACAGUUUUAAUGUAUUUGCACUUUUUAAAAACUGAAACAAAAUUGUAAUGAUUUAUUUUAAUAAACUUUGGUCGGUUCUGCUGUGAAAAUGGAUGAGUAUGAAUAAAAUUUGGAGGUACA